AUAACAGUUGUUCCAAUUAUUCCUCCUACAUAUGUCUUUCGACAUAGAAAUUACAACAAAAAUGUUUAUGUUCUAAAUUGGCCUUCUCAAGGUUCGUGUAAGCGCAAGCAAUCGUAAUCCUAAAGUAUCGAGAUGCAGCACAACGAGGUCAUCUGCCACGCCACAGGCGAAAGACGGAUGAAUUACCUCAACCAAAUCAAAUGCAUCCUCGACAAACUGGACGUGACGCCAUGUUUAGGAGACCCCCGAGAAGCUUGCAAAAUUGAUUGUUGUGCUUGCCCACCGCCUUGCCCAAAGCCUUGCAAUUACUACUGCCCUCCAUGCUACUAUCCGCCACCUUGUUAUCCAUGCUACAGUGUUCAAUACCCUGGAUGCUACAGUGGAUGUUGGUGAAAAAUGUAAUUUGUGGUUAUAUGAUCGUUAGUUUACAGACUCAGCUGAUCAAAUUCUCAAAUAGAACACAUGACAGCUUCAAUUCAAAUGCACUAAACGUGUCAAGCAAGCACGACCGUUUUCAAGAGCUAGUUGCACAUUGCCGAGUUUUUUUGCAAGAAGAGAAUUUGAUUGCAAAAAUGGGGCGUGGUAGCAUCAACAGCAUAGGGAACGGGAACGGAAACGGGAAUGGAAACGGCCAUGGGUACGGAAAUGGAAAUGGAUAUGGAAAUGGAAACGGACACGGUGGAUCGCCAGCGCAGAGAGGAGGCUGCGGUAAUGGAGGAGGAGGAGGUAGAAGAGAGUGUUGUUACCCAGAUGUAGGAGCGUACUGCUGCACGCCUUGGUAUUGCCCACCGAACAGGCCGACGGAAUAUCCCCCUCCGAUAUUUAUCCCAUACAGAGUAGAUUGGUACACGGGUAGACUCUGUUGACGAGCCUUGAAGGAAUACGGUUUAAUCUAAAAAACCAAAUAAAAAUUGUAAAAUA